UCCUAAGUUGUCAAAGGAAAGAUGACGAUAAUACGCAGAGAUCGGUGCUCAAACCCUAUAAGUUGGUCGAAGAAUGGGUUCAUCGCGUUUGCACACCAUACUUCCUCCACGAACUUAUCGAUAUCAAAGCUGGAGUCGCUGAGAGGGCAGUCGUGGAGACUGUCGUCGAAGAAGAGCUACGAGAUCAAAACAGCUUCACAGACGAGCUGUAAGCCGAUUCAGGUUGUUGUGUGGUCCCCCUCUGGUGCGGAUUUGCUGGUUGUUGACCAGGUUGGAGGAGUUUCAAUAUUGGGUACAGGAAUCGUUAAGAACGGUAACGUGCACCAGCUUUCGUGCUUUGAGGACGUUGAGAUCCUUUACCAGGACGAUGCUGGACGCUGUGAGGAUGAGAGCUUGUCCAAAUGUGUUGCCUUCAAGUGGAUUAACGUGGAUAAGCCUGUGAUUUCGAGUUCGCCGGCGGUGUUCAGCGAAGAACAGAAUAGGUAUAACUAUUCGGUACAUCAGUAUAAACCGUAUGGGUUUCUUCAUCCAAACGGCAAGUCUGGGUGUUUCAUUGCAAGAAGAGAUGGUUCAGUAGACUUCUACUACCAGGGAAUCACAAUGGAGUUUAAGAAGCAUAGAAUAAUGUUAGAACCUGCAAGGGAGUGGGUUAGCCAGGCAAGUAUCGGGUUCUUAAGGGAUGGAGAUGUGGUUGUGGUGUGCUAUUGUCCAAAGGACCAGUCCCUAAAGGUUUAUAAACUCUCGGUGUCGUGGAAUUUGAAAUCAUGUGAGCCCAAUUUCAAAGUGGAGAAAUUACUCAUGGAGAGAUUGAAUAAAAUUGGUUCAAACGGCCUAACCAUGGAAUUGGAUCAAAUAGAAGUUAUAAGUCCUAAUUACUCCAUGGAUACUGACUUGGAUAUCUUGAUUGCGUUUAAAGGCAUUGGUUGUAACAAUCGUACGUUGUUACAAAAGUACCAAAUAUCAACAGUUUACAAAGAUCUAAGGUUUAAGACGGAUGGUGGUACCGUUGAAGGGUUUCCAAAUUUGGUGUUAAAGGCUGAAGACUACCUCGAUGGGGAACUCCUGGAUAUCGAAUUGAAAAACUUCGAUAUGAACGUGAUUGUCACCUCAGCUGCUGGAAGAGUUCAUCUCCGUUCUAGAAAGAAUUUACAAUUGCACAUCGGUGCAUCUUCAACGAUGAGUUCUCUAUUGGAUUGUGGAUUUGAAUUUCCAAUGACAGAGACCAACCCUGAUUGUAUCGCAGUGUGUCCGUCGAUGGCUGGCUUUGUCAGUUUAACCUCUGGUGUGCUUGAAUUCCACCCAGUUGUGAGGAAAUCUCAGAAUGCAUGGGAUGCAAAAGACAUCCUAAAGAUGUCAUCUGGGAUUGCAUACCUCUUCUGCUCCGCUUGUUACACGAAUACCAUUGCUGAUGAGUUGAUAGCGCUCAUACUAAAUGAGUUUUCAAAACUCGACCCAGAGCUAAGGUAUGAAAUCAUUGUUACAACUUUAAAGGAAAGUCAUAGGUCAUUAAACUUUACCCUUGAUAUUUCUAAAGAGCAGAUAGAUCGAUUGUUGGUGAACCCGCCUAUGCAAAAACUGUUAUCUUUGCAAUAUUCCUUGGGUAAAUUUCUUCCUACAAAUCAGCAGAGUACAAUUGCAUUGGCAAUAUUGAACUUGAGAUUAAUCUCCUUCAGUAUCAUGGUUACACUACGUACACUCUUCCACCAACAGCAGAGGAUUGUCAAUAAGGGCGUUAGUGAAUCGUUGAUUGAUGGUGUAUAUAGAUCUGAGAGUGUUCUCAGUACAGUGGGGACGAUAAACUGGCUUAUAGAUUUUGUCAUUUUCACUAUUCAAGAACUGAUGAAACUCUCUCAAAGCUCUGGACAUGAAUCCAUUAUUGUCACAUUGCUGUUGAGUACCGUUCCAAGAAGCUUGUUGAUUUACAGUCUUGCGGGUGUGAAGAAGAUUGAUGGUGUUUUGACCAAAGUUAUGGAACAGCACAUGCAAACACCGAGACCAAGUUCUCUAAACGUUGAGAUUUUGCAAAAGAGUGCUGAAAGGUUCAAGAGUCUGCUGGAACUUGUAGAAUUGGAACAUUUUGAGAAAUUUUUGAUGCAGAUUGAAACGUUGAUUCCACAAGAGAAGGAGAACCGUCUAUCAGUGGAACAAGCGAUGGUUUUCGAAUGUAAACUUACUGGUAACUUUGCAGGGUUGGACAGUCGACUACUCUCUCUUUUCCAACAGCACUAUGAGGAACACCCACUUUCAGAGUUGUUCUUCCAUGAUACCAGAUGGUUAAAACUGGACGUUGCACCUAACACUAUCCCAUCAAAGGUUUUAUUGAGCAAUGAUGACCCAGUUCCUAUUGUGAUUGAUCUCAGCACUGACCUCAUUGAUGAUGUCACCAAGAUGGUUAUUACGAAUAAGGAGAAAUUGAAGAGAUGUUUACGUUGUGAGUACAUCCGUGGCGAUAACGAUGACGUUUUUUACAUCAUGGGAAAGGGAAUCACCGGGUCCACGAACCACUGGCCCGUUGCGUAUAACAGAACGUGUCUGUGUGGUAGUUGUUGGGCGUACUUAAGUGGUGAUGAGUGUUCAUUAUGAACUAUACAUUGGUUAAAGUUUUUUAUCGUGCAGUAAAGGAUGUAGUCUAAAGUGGAACACUGUAAGCGUAUGCGCUCCAUCAAGGAGCGUUGUCAUGGCAAAGAGAAAGGG